AUGGAAGUUGUCGAGCAAGGUGGACGCGUAGCAACGGAAUCAGUUGCCGGAUGGUACAGACCAAAAUCCAACAGUCAAACAGGUAUCACCAGCGUAUGUAGCUUCACGCCCAAGGAUUCAGGCCAGAGGACGCAUGCGAUGCUUAAUCUUGCACGUGACCUGUUACAAAACGUCAAACACCGCACCCAUUCUAUGCAACCUGCUCGCGGCAGCUGGCCCAGGAAUGAGGACAGUAGCAGCGCUAGCGUCCUCCCGCGCAAAUCUGACCACACGGUUGUCAACACUGACGUCACACCCCAAUCAGAGAAGAAUACUGACACUGCAAUACUGGCAGAAGUUACUAACGGAUCAAGGGUCUAUGCCGAAACGACCCAACCCUUACUGAAAUCCGGCAGUUUCUUACAGCACGCCAGAAAAUCAUUGGUAACUUUCAUGCGCCGUGUUAGAAAGUAUUGGACACAGGACGACGUUAAUGAACCAGUCUCCGAAGACCAGCGUAGAGCUGUGAAAAGUGUGGAACUUGCUAAACCAGAAAUAACAAAGAUAAAUCCUGAAGAAGAUAAUCAAGAAAUGACGGACAAGAGCGAUUUUCCGUGUAACACCUUAGAUUGUGAGUUACAGACAGAGGCAAGAAAGUCUGAUCUGCAGUACAUCAGUGGGGGGCUUCAGUCGCGGGUCAAAGAACAUUACAAAGAUAUGGUAGUUCUAGGAGUAACAUCUAAUGCUGACAGCCGCCGAGAUAAAACAAAAUAUCACCGCCAGUUCACUUGUUCUACUUUUCACUAUAGGGAAGAUGAUGCUUCUGGUAUCAAUAAAUGUAUCAUCGGCAUCCUAUCGCGCCAGGUAGAUUGUCCAGGAAACUGUUAA